AUGAAUCAAGAAGCUUCUGCUCAACAACAAGCGCCGACUGAGAAUUAUGACUCGAACUUGUAUUAUAGUCAAAGUCCAAGGGUCCUUUCAUCGACAAGUGAUAUUACCACUUUGACGAGUUUCGCGACACCGACACAACCGGUUCUUGAUUAUGCCACAUCUCAAUACGACAUCUACAGGAGUCCUUCGACGUUCUACUAUCAAUCUUACAAUCAAACAACUCCAUCAACAUUUUAUCCGGAUCUCAGCUCAUUCAAUGUCCCAUCGACACGCCAUAACACCGAGUUUGUUACCGUUCCCACUGUGCUGCAAGAUGUGAAACCAAUAAUUACGAAAUCGAGCAGUGAGAAAGAAUCGACAACCGAUCUUCUCUUACCUCGAACGGAUAAUUCUCAUAAUGAAACAUCCGAAAACGCUGCUGGAAGCACUACUCAGCCAAAAAGGACGAAAAUGGAUCGCAGGAAAGCAGCGACGAUGCGUGAACGCAGACGCCUCCGUAAAGUAAAUGAGGCUUUUGAAGUAGUGAAGCAAAGAACUUGUCCGAAUCCUAACCAGCGACUUCCUAAGGUUGAAAUUCUUCGAUCUGCAAUUGAAUACAUCAACAAAUUGGAGGCAAUGCUUCAAGCUGAAGGAAAAAUGACGAAGAUUAUGUCACAGAACCAACAAUUACAAAUGCAGCAGCAGCUUAGUGGCCAACCUCCGCAUGACUAUAUGACCUCCUCGCAUUUUGCUUCAACGUCAUACCAUCAAGAUGGAGCAUUUGAUGAAGACGACAUGUCAGAUUCUGAAGCGGAUGAAGCUAUGGAUCAUUGCCAAGUUAAUCAGCAAAAUCAACAAAAUCAUAGUUCUGAUGCUCGAAAACGCAAUUCAUUAGAUCGAUUAUCAAGGAUAGUCGCGAAUUUACCGAAUGAGGAACAACAAACUCAACAGAACCAACAAUCUCAGCAACAACAACCUACCUCGGAAGAAAAUGAAAAGAAGCUUGUCCUACUUUAA